GCCGGGAAGGCCGAGGAGAGCCCCCCAAUCCCGCGCCGAGGCGGCGGCGGCGGCGGCGGCGCGACGAUGAGGAUGAUGAAUACAUUGCAAAGUUUUUUUGGCCCCGGCGAGGGGUGUCAGAUUGAGUGCUCUGUGCGCAUGUGCGAAGGUGUCCAAACUGACAAUGCUGGGGAGAUGAAGAUAGUGUGUAGCUGCUUCUGGACUCAAGGAGGAGGAGAGAGAUUCCGCGAGCCGACACCAUGCGAUCCAAGGCGAGGGCGAGGAAGCUAGCCAAAAGUGACGGCGACAUUGUAAAUAACAUGUACGGGCCGGACCCUGACCUGCUGGCCGGCGAGAGCGCGGAGGACGAGACGGAGGACAGCGUCAUGUCCCCCAUCCCCAUGGGGCCGCCGUCCCCCUUCCCCACCAGCGAGGACUUCACCCCCAAGGAAGGCUCGCCGUACGAGGCCCCCGUCUACAUCCCCGAGGACAUCCCCAUCCCGCCGGACUUCGAGCUCCGUGAGUCCUCCAUCCCGGGGGCCGGACUGGGGGUCUGGGCCAAGAAGAAGAUGGAAGUCGGGGAGCGGUUCGGCCCUUACAUGGUGGCGCCCCGGGCCACGCUGAAGGAGGCAGACUUCGGAUGGGAGCAAAUGCUGACGGACGGGGAGGUGUCGUCGCAGGAGGUCUGCAUCCAGAAGAUCUCUGAAGACCUGGGCAGCGGGAAGUUCUGCGUGGAAGCUAACCAGGCCGGGGCCGGCAGCUGGCUCAAGUACAUCCGCGUGGCCUGCUCCUGCGACGACCAGAACCUCACCAUGUGUCAGAUCAACGAGCAGAUUUAUUAUAAAGUCAUUAAGGACAUUGAGCCGGGAGAAGAGCUGCUGGUGCACGUGAAAGAAGGCGUCUACUCCCUGGGGACGGUGCCCCCUGGUCUGGAUGAGGAGCCCACGUUCCGCUGCGACGCAUGUGACGAGCUCUUCCAGUCCAAGCUGGACCUGCGGCGCCACAAGAAGUACGCGUGCGGCUCGCUGGGGGCCGCGCUCUACGAGGGCCCGGCCGAGGAGCUCACGCCGGAGCGCCUGGGCAGCGGGGGCGGCGACGGGCGGGCCCACGAGUGCAAGGACUGCGAGCGGAUGUUCCCCGACAAGUACAGCCUGGAGCAGCACAUGGUCGUCCACACAGAGGAGCGAGAGUACAAGUGUGACCAGUGCCCCAAGGCCUUCAACUGGAAGUCCAACCUCAUCCGCCACCAGAUGUCCCACGACAGCGGCAAACGCUUCGAAUGUGAAAACUGUGUGAAGGUGUUCACGGACCCCAGCAACCUGCAGCGGCACAUCCGCUCCCAGCACGUGGGCGCCCGGGCCCACGCCUGCCCGGACUGCGGGAAGACGUUCGCCACGUCCUCGGGCCUGAAGCAGCACAAGCACAUCCACAGCACCGUCAAACCUUUCAUAUGUGAGGUCUGCCACAAAUCCUACACGCAGUUCUCCAACCUGUGCCGGCACAAGCGGAUGCACGCGGACUGCCGCACGCAGAUCAAGUGCAAGGACUGCGGGCAGAUGUUCAGCACUACCUCCUCCCUCAACAAGCACCGGCGCUUCUGCGAGGGCAAGAACCAUUACACGCCGGGCGGCCUCUUCGCCGCGGGCCUGCCCCUGACCCCCAGCCCCGUGAUGGACAAGGCCAAGCCCCCCCCCGGCCUCAACCACACCGGCCUGGGCUUCCACGAGUACUUCCCCUCCCGGCCGCACCCCGGGGGCCUGCCCUUCUCCGCGGCGCCCCCGGCCUUCCCCACGCUCCCGCCGGGCUUCCCCGGCAUCUUCCCUCCGUCCCUGUAUCCCCGGCCGCCUCUGCUACCUCCCACACCACUGCUCAAGAGCCCCCUGAACCACACGCAGGACGCCAAGCUCCCCAGCCCCCUGGGCAACCCAGCCCUGCCGCUUGUCUCCGCCGUCGGCAACAGCAGCCAGGGCACCACGGCGGCCGCGGGCCCCGAGGAGAAGCCGGAGAGCCGCCUGGAGGACGCGUACGCCCCCACGAAGCUCAAGCCGCGGGGCAGCGACCUGUCGGACGGCAGCGACUUCGAGGACAUCAACACCACGACCGGGACCGACCUGGACACAACCACGGGCUCCGACCUGGACAGCGACGUGGACAGCGACCGCGACAAGGCCAAGGACAAGGGCAAGGCGGCGGAGGGCAAGCCCGAGUUCGGGGGCGGCGGCGGCGCGGCGCCCCCCGGCGGCCCGCACGGCGUGGGCGAGGUGCCCGUCUUCUACUCCCAGCACUUCUUCCCGCCGCCCGAGGAGCAGCUGCUGACGGCGUCGGGCGCCGCGGGCGACUCCAUCAAGGCCAUCGCGUCCAUCGCGGAGAAGUACUUCGGGCCGGGCUUCCUGGGCGUGCAGGACAAGAAGCUGGGCGCUCUGCCCUACCCCUCAGUGUUCCCCUUCCAGUUCCUGCCCAGCUUCCCCCACUCCCUCUGCCCCUUCACCGACCGCGCCCUCGCCCACAACCUGCUGGUCAAGGCCGAGCCAAAGUCGCCCCGGGAUGCCCUCAAGGCGGGCGGCCCCAGCGCCGAGUCCCCCUUCGACCUCACCACCAAACCGAAAGAGGCCAAGCCCGUCCCGCCGGCGCCCAGGGUGCCCCCGGCCCUGGCGUCUGGCGAGGAGCAGCCCCUGGACCUGAGCAUCGGCAGCCGCGCACGGGCCAGCCAGAACGGAGGGGGCCGUGAGCCCCGCAAGAACCACGUCUAUGGGGAGCGCAGGCUGGGGGCCGGUGAGGGGCUGCCCAAGGCCUGCCCAGCGCAGCUGCCCCAGCAGCCUGCCCUGCACUACGCCAAGCCAUCGCCCUUUUUCAUGGACCCCAUCUACAGCAGGGUGGAGAAGCGGAAGGUGACCGACCCGGUGGGCGCCCUUAAGGACAAGUACCUGCGGCCGUCCCCACUGCUCCUCCACCCCCAGAUGUCUGCCAUCGAGACCAUGACGGAGAAGCUGGAGAGCUUCGCAGCCAUGAAGGCGGACUCCGGCAGCUCCCUGCAGCCCCUCUCCCACCACCCCUUCAACUUCCGGUCCCCGCCCCCGACGCUCUCGGACCCCAUCCUCAGGAAGGGCAAGGAGCGAUACACGUGCAGGUACUGUGGCAAGAUCUUCCCCCGCUCAGCAAACCUCACAAGGCACCUGAGGACGCACACAGGGGAGCAGCCGUACAGGUGUAAGUACUGCGACCGGUCCUUCAGCAUCUCCUCCAACCUUCAGCGGCACGUCCGGAACAUUCACAACAAGGAGAAGCCGUUCAAGUGCCACCUGUGCAACCGGUGCUUCGGGCAGCAGACCAACCUGGACCGGCACCUCAAGAAGCAUGAGCACGAGCACGCACCAGUGAGCCAGCACUCCGGGGUCCUCACGAACCACCUGGGGACCGGCGCCUCCUCCCCCACCUCCGAGUCGGACAACCACGCACUUUUAGACGAGAAGGAAGACUCGUAUUUCUCUGAAAUCAGAAACUUCAUCGCCAACAGCGAGAUGAACCAAGCAUCAUCACGAACAGACAAACGGCCGGAGGUCCAGGACCUGGACGGCGCCUCCCAGUGCCCGGGCCUGGCCCGCGGGAAGCCGGGGGACGUGGAAGAGGAGGAGGAGGAGGACCUGGAGGAGGAUGACGAGGAGAGCCUGGCCGGGAAGUCUCAGGACGACACCGUGUCCCCCACGCCCGAGCCCCAGGGCGCCUACGAGGACGAGGAGGACGAGGAGCCGCCCGCCCCCCUGGCUGUGGGCUUCGAUCACACCCGAAGGUGUGCUGAGGAGCCACCAGGCGGCCUGUUAGCUUUGGAGCCGAUGCCGACUUUUGGGAAGGGGCUGGAUCUCCGCAGAGCAGCUGAGGAAGCAUUUGAAGUUAAAGAUGUGCUUAAUUCCACUCUAGAUUCUGAGGCUUUAAAACAGACCCUGUACAGGCAGGCUAAGAACCAGGCGUACGCAAUGAUGCUGUCGCUCUCGGAGGACACGUCUCUCCACGCCUCCUCCCAGAGCCCUCUGGACGCUUGGCUGAACAUCACAGGAGCCACACCGGAGUCUGGAGCCUUUAACCCCAUCAACCACCUCUGACCGACCCAGAAGGGGCUGGGGUCAGAGUCCAGGCAAGGCCACCACGGGCCCCCAACAUCCCAACAGGAAUCCCAGCUGUGGAAGAUGGAGGCGAGGGCCUGGGAGCCGGUGCGGCCCGGGGCCAAGUGGCCACUCCUCAGCACCUGUCCCCCCACCACAGUUCAGCUCGAACUUCUCCAGUGAAAACCCAGAACCCGGACAUCCUUGGAAGGCUUCAGCUUCUCCAGGAACUGGCGCUGAGGACAGCGGCACCCAAGGUGGCACAGCACAGGCCCAUCGGGGCUCAGCGCAGGGGAGCUGCUCGUGGAGUCCACCCAGGGGCGAGGGCGGGAUCCGAGUCCCGAACUGAAGCCAGUGGCCACCCUGGGCGCCCGCGUGGAGUCCCGGGAGGGAAGGGGCAGCUGGGUGUGCUCUGCAGAGGGAGUCGCCAGAUGGUUUUUAUAGUGAAAAUGACCAGAACGGCCCUUUUGGUAAUCUUAUUGAUGACAGAGUCUAUUUAAGCAUGUGGUUUUAAAAAUAGACAGUAUUUUUAAAAGAAAAAAAUCACAAAGUGACUUGGAAAUUGUUUUUUAAAAGUAAUUUUGCAUUGCUUUGAAAUCUCAGCUUAUUUGCAGACCCAGACCUGCCUGAGAAGCAGCACAGUGUUGGGAGGUGUUCUUUGUAGAUGAUGGAGACAUUUUCUAUCCCCGACCCUGUUUGUAAAGCCAAGGAGACGCAGGGCGCCCCCAGGCAGCACUGAGGGGGCGGGCCCACUCCUGCGAGCGGGUUCAGACUGUGCCCGGAAAUCUUGGGUAGGGUGUCCUGGGCCGGCCCGAGGCUGGGGCUCGGAGAUGUGCCUGUCAGUGUGUGACACGUGGUUCGUGCCCGUGGCCCCCACCAAGGCCCCCCAAUUGUCUGGGGAAGGUCAGAGUGGGGGCUCGGUCCCCAGGGCAGAGGGGUCGGUGCCGCCGAGCCUGCAGCCACUUUCGGAUCUGCACCCCCGCCCUCACCCACCCCCACCAGAUGGACGGCGGAAGGAAGUGGGCAUCCCGGGGGCCGCUGCGGGGCACACUCCCGUGGCUCCCCUGCUCCAGGCGGCCGAGCUCUGCGUGCACCUGAGACCCCGGCUCCAGGACACGACUGCCGCCUCGCUCCUUGUGUGGGUUCCUGGCGGGCGGGACCCGGCUCCAGAACGAAGGGCAUCCAGACACGACCCGCCGCAAAGAGCAAGGACAGCGCAGCGCCGGCGCCUCCCCGGGGACCGGCUGCUUCUCCACUCGGAUGGGCUUUAAAUUAUUCCCCUAGGGGCCAAUUUCGAAGAGUAGUGUUUUUUCCCUGAUGGAAUUUACCUUAAUCUGUAUAUAACUUGUAAUUUUUUCUAAUUAAUUUCUUUUCUUAUUUUAUUUUUUCCUUAACAGUAUUUUGGCAUUAGACGUUCUUAUUGUGAAGAAAUGUUAAUAUAAGGAUCUAGUGAAGGACCAAACCCUUGUAAUAA